UUUCUAAAAUUUAGAAACUGUCUUCUUUCAGUGACACUUCUUAAAUUAUCACAAAAAUUCUAUUUUACUCCAUCUAAAAUUGAAUUUGGUUUACACAAUGAAAGAAGGAAUGAUGAAGGCGGCAAGAAAUUAGAGAGAGCAGAAAGCCAGAUGGAUAUGAAAAAUUCAAUAAUCAUGAAAAUGAAAAAGCAGCUACAGACGGCCAGUGAAGAAUAUGGAAAAUUAAAGAAUGUUUUACAACAGAAGGAAGAAGAAUAUUACGAGAUGAAGGAAAAACUAACAAAAACUGAAGAAGAAUUGCAUUACGUCAACGACUUAAAUAGAAAAUGGCAAGCGAAAUAUAUGAAUAAAUACGAUGAUAUACAUCGUUUGUUUGAAGAGUGGAAGCAGUCUUCCCAAAAAGAAGCCGACCACGAUGCAACUCCGGUUAGGUUCAUCAAAGAUGACGGAAAAACUAUGCAUAUUGGGCGUGGAAUCUACUUGGAUAAAACUUUCUACACAUUGGCUGCAACAGGAGUCACGGUGAAAAGCAAACGUAAAUUUGUACGUAACAUAAUGAUUAUUGUGUUUGGUUAUGACACUCUAGCUAAAAGUACAGUCACUGGGCGACCAAGUAAUCUGCAAGAAAAACCAAAGAAACCAGACGCACUUGAUCACCAAAAGUUAUUGGCUAUAAGAGAUAUUUACGCAUUCUUUUUAAAAGACACUUUCAAUCUAACAAACUCUGAGGCUGAAAUUGAAGCAAAUAAAUAUACUGACAUAAUGUCUAAAAAAAUUUCUUCCUUGAAAGACAUACAGAAUAAACCUGAAAAACCUGUGAGAAAAACACUAGGAAAAAAUAAACCAGAUCCUCUACAAAUUGACGGAAAUUUGGAACAGCAAAGCCUUAACGAUAAUAAUAAUAUUCUUUAAGACAGCCAUCAAGACAAUAUUCGAGAAAAUCAUCAAGCCGAUCCUCAAGACAAAGUUGAAGACGAUCUCGAAGACAAUCUUCAAAAAAAAUUGAAGCUAUUGUCCAAGCCAGUCCUCAAGCCGAUCUUCAAGACGAAGUUGAAGACGAUCUCCAAGACGAAAUUGAAGUCGAUCAUCAAGAAGAAAUUGAAGCCGAUCUUUAAGACGAAAUUGAAGACGGUCUUCAAAACGAAAUUAACGAAAAUUAAGUUUUUUUAUUAUUAAAUUAUACGAUUGUUAAG